AACACAGGGGGAGUUUUUGCAUUUAACUCUAUUAGAAAUGUAAGCUUAUGGGUAUUCUGGAACAAUAUUUAAUUUUGUUUAAAUAUUUGUAACCUCCCAUACCGCCGCCUCCCGUCCGCCGCUGCAGCGUUCCAACUCGACGGAUAACCAGUCCCAUCCUCCAUUAAAAUCGAUGGGCAUUUAGCCUUCGAAGUUUCGGUAAUUCGAGCCAUGGACGAGGAGUUGGUGGCAUCUGUGUCGAAAUUACAACUUCCAGAAGCCUUUCUCGAUUUUCUCAAUCAAAACGGUUUGGAUCCUUCUAUUUAUAUUGCCUCUCACUCCACACCUCGUUAUAUUAGGUUAAAACCAGGAUGUGAAAGUGAAACCCAGGUUGCAGAAAUUGAAGCUGAGAUUGAAUUUAAGCUUAAAGAGUUGUGUUGGCUGCCCCACUUCUAUUAUCUUCCCCCCGACGUUCGAAUUGCGAGCACACAGGCGUAUCGCGAUGGAAAGAUCUAUGGCAUAGACGCAGCUUCGGGUGCUGCUGUUUCAGCUUUGAAUAUUUCACCCGGAGAUCAUGUACUUGACCUCUGUACAGCUCCUGGUGCUAAACUUUGUAUGAUACUGGACCUUCUUGGUUCGUCAGGUUCUGCCACAGGUGUCGAUAUUGCUAGACAUAGGUUAGCAGCUUCUAGAACUUUGGUGCAGAAAUAUUCUCUCGGUGACCGUUGUCGUCUUUUUGUUGCCGAUGGGACUACAUUUUCUCUUAUGCCACUAAGGCUUCAGUCAAGCUCUAAAUCAUCAGGCAAUGAUACCGAAGUUGAAGAAAAAAUCGAGAUAUACAAUGAGUGGACCCCACGAAGACCAUGGAAAGAACGCAAGAGGAUGGCAAAAGCUAGGGAAAUGGAGUCAGAAAUUAAAGAUCCAGAACUUAUAUUCUACGGGCGUCAUUCUGGGGUCGUUGGUCUAAGUAAAGAUGAUGUGUACGGACACUUUGAAGAUAUUGACGUUUUGCAAUUUGGUUACGACAAGGUGCUUGUGGAUGCAGAAUGCACGCACGAUGGUUCAAUUAAACACAUUCAGAAGUUUGAACAAUGGGGUUGGACAACACUUUCACGCCGUGUACUUGAUGCCUAUAGGACUGAUGACUUGACUGUUCUUCAGUUAAAAUUGCUAACGAAUGGAUUCCGACUGCUCAAAGCCGGUGGUUGUCUUGUCUAUAGCACCUGCAGUUUGACGGUUGCUCAGAAUGAAGAUGUGGUAGAAAAGUUCCUUUCACAACAACCAACAGCUGAGUUGGUGGAGAUAGAAGGUGCAGAGAAAUGGCCUUGUAGGCAAGCAAGAAUACCGAUGACUCUCCGAUUUGAUCCGCAGACUUCAUCAACUAGUGGUCUUUUUGUUGCCAAGUUCACAAAGUUGUCUGCUUCAUCUUCCCUACAUUAUUUUUCCAGCUGAAUACUCUUGUAACAAAUAACAUAUUUUUGUGUUUCAACUUUUCCUUUGAGAUAAACCUACUUUCUCAAGGCUUAUUUCUAUUAAUUAUAUAUUUUUAACCACAA